AUGUCUUCUCACCACCACGCAUCUUACGUUGCUGUGAUUGGGGGCACCGGAGCCCAAGGUAUUCCGGUUAUUCGAGGUCUGGUCAAGGACAAAAAGUACAAGUGUCGGGUCAUGACGCGCGAUGUCAAUUCUGCAAGGGCUAAAGAACUCGUUGGGAUGGGAAAUGUUGAGUUAAUGGAGGGCACUUUCGCCAGCGAGGAGGAUCUUCGCAAUCUGUUUCGCGGCUGUGACGGAGCCUUUGUCAACAUUGACGGUUUCAACUGUGGCGAGAAGACAGAGAUCUAUUGGGCCAUCAGAUCGUACGAGCUGGCUCUCGAGGAGGGCAUCAGAUUCUAUGUCUAUGGGAAUCUCGAUUACGUGUACAAAAAGAGCGGUUACGAUCCCAAAUUUCGGACGGGCCACUAUGACGGCAAAGGCAGGGUUGGAGAAUGGAUUCUUACCCAGAACCAGACCAACAGCCACCGCAUGGGCGUCGCGGUCUUUACCACUGGACCCUACAUCGAAAUGAGCAUCGCCAAACUCACCAUAUUCACGCCCAAGGUCGAGAACGGUAUUGUGACGUGGCGUUGCCCGGUUGGAGACGGAGCUGUGGUUCACGUGUCCUUGGAUGAUUGCGAGCACUAUGCUCGCUGGCUGUUCGACCACCCAGAGAGGUCAAACGGCAUGGACCUCGAAGUUGCAAUCGAUCACAUCCACUAUGCCGACCUCGCAAAGGCAUUUGAAACGGUCACAGGCCACCCAGCGAGAUAUAUUGACACGGACCUGGACACCUAUUGGGCGACUGGACCUGUGGCGGGAGCUGCCAACACCGGAUCAGGGUAUAACUCGGACCCCAACGACCCUGCUUUCAUGACCUUCAAACAGAACUUCACAGGGUUCUUCAAUAUGUGGAAGUAUUCUGGGCGCAACGAAGGGGUCAUUCGUCGAGAUUAUAAGCUGUUGGAUGAGAUCCACCCCACCAGGAUCAGGUCUGCAGAAGAGUUCUUUCGAAAGGAAGACGCUCGGGGGAGGAAACUGGGACUAGGCAGUCUUUGGGAUCGGGUGCAGGAGAAGAACCUCAAGCCGGUGCUUAAGAUUGGUGAAGACAGGCGAAGGGGCAGAUUGUAG